AGCGCUCAUUUGUGGCUGCAGUAACUCUUACUGCUCUUCUCAGCAGACGUACUCAUGGUGUGGCUUUGGAAUUAAAGUCUUUUCUCUGUGAAUGUUCCUGAAAGCGAGACAAUGACUGCUAAUGAAGAUCAAGAGAUGGAGCUGGAGGCUCUUCGAUCCAUUUAUGAAGGAGACGAUUGCUUCAAAGAGCUAAGUCAAGUUUCUUUUCAGUAUAGAGUAGGAAAUCAUGAGGACUCUAAAGCGUUCCUAUUAGAAAUUUCCUGGCCAGAAUCAUAUCCCGAAACUGCACCUCAUAUAUCUCUAGAUGCCUUUUUCAACAACAGAAUAUCUCCAGGGAUAAAGCAAAUAAUAAUUUCUAAGCUGGAAGAGCAAGUUGAGGCUAACCUUGGGACUGCAAUGACAUACACACUGUUUGAAUGGGCCAAGGAAAACCAGGAAACACUUAUGGAGAACCACCAGCCAGUGAGCAUGACACUGACACUGACAACGCCCGGCAGCGAAACUUCAAACUUGAACUCCACCAUAAAGAAAAAAGAGAAGAAGGAGCAGCUGACCAAGGCUCAGAAGAGGAAAAUGACAGGGAGAACAGAUAACAAGGGAGAACUUCCCAGAGGCUGGAACUGGGUUGAUGUUAUCAAGCACCUAAGCAAGACAGGUGGCAAAGAGGACGACUAGAGGGCGGAGGAUUCGUCCAGUGGAUUCACGUUGUAGUGCAAUGAACUUGCCUGACCUCACACAGACCACCUCCAGAUGCUUUUCUUCAGAUGCCACAGAGGCCAUUAUGCGCACAGUUAUGGUUUACUUGUUUUUAAUAUUAUGAAAUAAUAGAGGCUCUGGGUAAGAAUCAACAUCUCUGCGAUGUAUAACUUUUUUAAAUUUCAUAUCAGAGUGAGUCUGUGCGCUGUCACUGUUGUUCUUCUUUGCUCCACCAACACCUCCUCGUAGUAGUUUUUGCUCUGGACUGCUGUGGUGACUGUGACUUGUGUAACAGUGUGCUUCAAAGUGUGUUUUGGCAAAGAGGAGACUACAAGCUUAGAUACACACAUAUGAUUUUCUUUGGCUGUUUGCAGUCAGAGUUAACAGGUAUUAGACUGCGUUGGCAGCACAAGGUCAUGUUCUUUGUGUUUCUCCUUUUCAACAUAUUUACUCAGGCGUAAUUAAUACAAAUAGUUAUUUUUAAGAUGUUUGCCAAAUACAUUAAGGGACAGAUUGGUAAAGGAGCCAGGGAAAGGAUGUGUUCUCCAGCCCCAUUAUAUAUGUACCAUGUUUUACAACUGUUCAAGGAAAAAAGAAAAGGCAUUAUGACUUGUUUCCUUUGACUGUAUGGGCAGUGUGACACAUUCUGUACUGUGGCUGUUAAUACAAGUUUCCACAUUAUCUGUGUGGUACAGUGUGUUACCAUAAGGCAGGUUUCACUGAUUUCAGCGAAUUUUGCUGUUUGCGCUAAUGGUAAGACCAGUCUUUUACCCCAACUGAGCAUCUUUAGAGGUGUU